AUGCACUUAAUUGUUCUUCACCAUGGCUUAUGGGGGAAACCGUCACAUCUUUCGUAUCUUGAGAACAGUUUGCGCGAGCGCUUUGGUGAUGAAGUGCAGGUUUUAAAUUUUGGUGGCAAUGCAGGAAAUCGCACUUACGACGGUAUCGAUAUAUGUGGAGAGCGUCUUGCACGUACGAUCCUUGAGUGCCUUUCCAAAAAAUCCUUCGACCGUAUAUCAUUUAUUGGCUAUUCGCUGGGAGGGCUUAUAAUCCGAUAUGCUGUCGGUAUCCUAGAAGCACGCCAUAUGUUGGCCAGCCCAACUGCCUCCAAUGCCAACGCCGAGGAGAAGCUAUGUGUCCGGCCUGUGAAUUUUAUCACUGUAGCAACCCCACACGCAGGUGCAUCCCUUCGCCCAGAUUCAACCUGGGCUCGUGUCUAUAAUAUGGCGUCCGCACUGUCCCUCUCAAAGUCUGGAAGCCAUAUGAUGUUGACGGAUCGUGAUGGCGUGUACCUCCCGACUACAGGCUGUGGCGAAAUACAAAGCAAACGGACCAGGCCGCUCCUGGAUGCAAUGGCGGACCCGGAUCUUCCCUUCUGGCAAGGAUUGCAGCGGUUCCAAGUACGGAAAGUUUUUGCCAACACGAUCAAUGAUCGAGUCGUAAACUUCACUUCAAGCUCGCUGGAGGAAACGAAUCAUUAUCGUCGAGGCGCGAAAUGGGUUGUCUGUGAUGCAAAGUAUCCAUCGAUUGUGAAGCUUGUAGGACUGACCUCGGCGGACGUAGACGUGAAUGAAGCACUGGUACAAGAAGGUGAAGCUGAAGAAGAGGCCACUGAAUCGAUAGCUACAGAGAGAGAGAUAGUAGAUACGGCUCUAGGAGCCACAACCGUAGCGGCUCUCGCAGCUACUGCCGCAACGGCUCCGGCUGCUAUAAGAAAGAUGCUGUUCUAUGUUUUGCUGCCAGUUUUAGUCCCAUUGGCGCUUAUGAUCCUACUGGCAUACUACGCCAUUGCACGCACUAGACAUAUCACACAAGGAACGUUUCGAGGACGUGCUGGGAACAGUGUGGAUUGGAUACUGCAAUAUCGACCACAAACUUCAAACGAACGGGAGGAAGACCAUCCUGGUGGAAAGCCUAAUACGCGGUCCUGA